GUUGUUGGUUGAGGACCUGAAUACGUUUGGAUGAAAUGGAUCUGCUGCUGUGAAGACAGAGUGACAACCUUGUACUCUCCUUGACAUAUCCUCUCUUCUUUCCUCGAAACCUGAGACCAUUCUACUCUCUCACAUAGUCAUCGACCGACAGUUAUUGGAUAUCUUAAUCGCAUCUGACAAAGCCUCAUUCGCAAACUUGUGAAACCACCUACCGUCACUUUCUUGCGCAUUUGGUCGAAAGGACAACAAAAUGUCUGGAAUCAACGCCCCUGAUCGUACUGAGGCGUUUAUUCUUGCCGACGGUGAAAAGAAGAUCGAAGAGGAGAUUGAUACUCGUACUCCCAACACAGUCAUCUUCACCUUCAACAAGGAAGAUCACACUCUUGGUAAUCUCCUGCGCGCGAAGCUCCUCCAGAACAGCCACGUCAUGUUUUCAGCCUACCAGGUUCCCCAUCCCCUCUUCGCACAGUUCAAACUUCGAGUACAGACCGAUGGCCAGAUUACUCCAAAGGAGGCUGUUAUUGCCAGCUCCAAGGACAUCAUCAACGAGCUCAAUGCCCUGGACAAGAACUUCAAGAAGGAGUAUGAUCUGAGAAAGAUGGUUGGAAAUGACGGUCAGAAUGGCGUUUGAUUCGGUCGUGCACUCUCUGGUAAGGGAAAGAUACUAGAGAACAAGACGCACCGAAUAUGACUAUGGCUCAAAUGAUACCAUGUACUAUCACGGGAUGACAGGAGUGCCGGCGUUCUUGGUGAUAGCAGACACAUCAGGCACAUCCUGUAGGGAAUGUAUGUCUCAUGGAGCCCACAUGGCGUAGUGCUGGAGGGUGGCAGCACACGAUAGCUGUCUAUCAGGAAUUCAUUGCUUGACGAUUA